GCAUUCAUGAUCUCCAUCUCUAACCUAAGUAAUCCCAACUUUGUUCUGACUGGUUUUCCCGGCCUAGAAGUUGACUACGUCUGGCUCGCCAUCCCUUUCUCCUCCAUCUAUGCCACGGUAUUCCUGGGAAACUGCAUGGUGCUUCAUGUGAUCAGAACUGAGCCGAGUUUGCACGAGCCCAUGUUCUACUUCUUGGCCAUGCUGGCCCUGACUGACCUGUGCAUGGGCUUGUCCACAGUGCCCACGGUGCUGGGAAUUCUGUUGGGGCUACUUGAAGAAAUCAGCUUGGAUUUCUGCAUUGCACAGUCCUACUUCAUCCACGGUCUAUCCUUCAUGGAGUCCUCUGUCCUUCUUGCUAUGUCCUUUGACCGCUACAUCGCUAUUUGCAACCCCCUGCGCUAUUCUUCUAUCCUAACAAAUGACAAAAUCAUGAAAAUUGGGAUUGCUAUUUUAGGUAGAAGUUCUUUACUCAUACCUCCGGUCAUCAUUCGCCUGAAGUUCUUAAACUAUUGCCGACCCCACAUUCUUUCUCACUCGUUCUGCCUACAUCAAGACUUAAUUAGAAUGGCUUGUUCAGACAUUCGUUUCAACAGCAUCUAUGGUCUGUUUCUGGUAAUCAGCAACCUGUUGUUGGAUUCAGUUCUCAUACUUAUCUCCUACAUCAUGAUCCUGCAUACGGUCUUAGCCAUUGCAUCCAGGGAAGAGAGGAUCAAGUCCUUACAGACAUGUGUAUCUCACAUCUCUGCAGUUUUGGUUUUCUACAUUCCGAUUAUUGGUCUGACUAUGGUUCAUCGCUUUGGGAAACAUCUCUCACCAUUGGUUCAUGUUCUCAUGGGAAACACUUAUAUUCUUUUCCCACCUUUGAUGAACCCUAUUAUUUAUAGUAUCAAGACUCAGCAGAUUCGAAGGAGAAUCCAGAGAUUGUUCUACCUGAAAGGUACUUAA